GAAUUUCCCCAACAUGGCGGACACGUGCGAAGUUCCACCGGUGGCUCUCGAAAGUGAUGAAUUUAACGCUGAUGCUGAGAAGACGAUGGAUUCUGCAGACAUGGGUGAACCGCAGCCUGAUUUCAUAGACGAAGAAAUAAAGAAACAGCGUCAAGAAGCAGAACAAGGUCAGGCAGAGGACAUACCAACUCAGGAAGACUCAGACGGAGACAUCGAGAUGCUGCCAGGAGGCAGAAAGCGACCAUUUCCAGAUCAGCUAGAUGGUGGGGGGAAGAAGAAAAAGAGGAAGAAGACAUCGGGUCCUCCUCUCCCCAAAAACGCCUUGAUGCAACUUAAUGAAAUCAAGCCUGGGCUACAGUACAAAGUGAUGUCGCAGAGCGGCCCUGUGCAUGCACCCACUUUCAUUAUCUCUGUGGAGGUGAACGGACAGGCAUUUGAAGGUGUCGGGAACACUAAAAAGAGGGCCAAGCUCAAUGCUGCAGAGAAAGCCCUUCGGUCGUUUGUCCAGUUUCCCAAUGCAUCAGAGGCAAUGCAGGCCAUGGGAAAGCAAAUGGUGACCAAUGCAGAUUUUACGUCAGAUGCAGCAGAAAAUGCUGAUCUCAUCUUCAAUAGUUUUGAGUCCAACCAGCAGCAUGGGGACAACCAGAACGGCAACGGAACACAGGUAGCUCUAAAUAUAGAUGGCGCUAUGCACCCAGCCCCUGCCUCGCUAAAUGGGUCUGGGCUGCCAAAGCCUAUCCCUCCCCAGCCUUCUGGGAAAAAUCCCGUCAUGAUUCUUAACGAGCAGCGGCCAGGACUGAAAUAUGAGUUUGUCUCUGAAAUGGGAGAGAGCCACGCUAAGAGCUUCACUAUGGAAGUGACGGUGGACGGAGAGACUUUUCAGGGUUCGGGGAGAAACAAAAAAGUUGCCAAGGCGCAUGCGGCUCAGGCCGCCCUCAGCAAGAUCUUCAACUUGGAAAUCUCCCAGGCUCCAGGUAGAGCUACAGCACAGGCAUUCUUCACACCAGGGGGCUCUGUUCUCACUCAUUUCAGCUUUUGUCACUCUGUCUGGCAUCUUUUCUCUGUUGGUUCUUGUUUUGUUUGUUGA